AUGUCCGACACCGAGGGCACCAAAAAGUCCGGCUACCGUCUUGAAUACGCCUCGAGUGGCCGCUCCAAGUGCAACGGGCCCAAGCCAUGCAAAGGCACGCCCAUUGGCAAGGGCGAGCUCCGCUUCGGCUCGUUGGUCGACUUCAGAGGCAACACCAACUUCUCAUGGCGCCACUGGGGCUGCGUCACCUCCAAAAUCAUUACCAACAUGAGGAACAGCUUCAAUGAUGCGGACGAGCUCGACGGUUUCGACGACAUCAGUGCUGACGACCAGGAGAAGAUCAAGAAGGCCUGGGAGGAAGGCCAUGUUGAUCCAGAAGAUGUCCCCGAGACUGCGAAGAAGAGUGACGGCGAAGGCGAAGAGGAUGACGAGGAAGAAGAAAAACCUAAGAAGGGCGGCCGCGGUAAGAAGAAGGAAGAGGAGGACAGUGGUCCGACCAAAGUCAAAUUGGAGUAUGCUUCCUCUAGCCGCUCCAAGUGCAAGGCUUGCGGAGAGGGCAUUGGCAAGGAUUACUUCCGUAUCGGAAAGGAAGUUCAGUUCCGCGGCAACGCGAACUUCGCAUGGGAGCACUGGGGUUGCAUCGACGCAAAGAGCGUCGAAAAGAUUAAGGCCUCUUAUGACGAUGUCUCAGCUGUUGACGGCUUUUCCGAGCUCCAAGCUGCCGAGAAGGAGAAGGUCAAGCGUGCUUGGGAAGCGGGUGAGAUUCCGGAUGAAGACAAGGGCCCCGGUGAACCUGUCGAGACCAGCAAGAAGAAGGCGGCCGCUCCUCGCAAGAAGAAAGAUGCCGAGGAAGGCGAACGGCCUAAGAGAGGCCGUAAGCCGAAGAAGGAUGAAGAUGUCAUAGACGAGGAUGAAGAUGAGGAGCCCAAGCCCAAGAAGGGUCGUGGUGUGGCGAAGAAGGACGCCCCUGCUAAGGCUAAGCCGGCGCCCAAGCGUGGUGCAGCUAAGAAGAAGAAGGACGAGGAGGAGUCUGGCGAGGACUUUGGUGACGAGCUUGCGGCCGCGGAUGAAGAGGAAGUCGACGAGGAAGACGAAGAGGAGGCCGAUGCUGGCAAGAAGCGCAAGCGUGCCCCUGCUCCGAAGGCUGGUGGCUCGAAGCCUCCGUCGAAGCGUGCUAAGCCUGCCUCGUCCGCAAAACCGGCAUCGUCGGCGAAGCCUGCCUCCAAGGCGAAGCCUGCUUCUUCCCGCGGAAGGAAGAAGGCCGCAGAGCCCAUCGAGGAGGAAGACGAAGAAUGA